AUGGAUGCUCAUCACUUCCAACCAAACACCUCCCUAAACUUGAGCCUCCACCACCACCACCACCCGGUGGUGAACCUCGACCUCGUCCUCGACCCUUACCGAUCUUCCUCUUCCUCCACGACUUCAUCCCCACGAGCUGCUCCGGCUCAUCACGAGCCUCGUGUCUUCUCCUGCAACUACUGCCAGAGGAAGUUCUACAGCUCCCAAGCCCUGGGCGGCCACCAGAACGCCCACAAGCUCGAGCGCACCCUGGCUAAGAAGAGCCGCGAGAUCAUGACCAGCAGCAGCAACAGCUCGUCCACCGCGGCGGCUCUGGCUCGAGCAGCUCGUCAUGCUGCCGGCGGAGCCAAGAGGGGCGCUUAUGCGGGUUCGAACUCUGCUGCUGCUGCUGAUCAAUGGAACAGAAGCCACGUGCGGACGAAGAUGUCUUCUUCGUCUGCACGUGGCUCCAGAGAUAUGGAGGCCAUGCAGGAAUGUUAUGAAGAGCCGAACUUCGCGGUUGAUCGUGAUCGUAACUCGUGGUAUGUGGCUAUGGGGUAUAGAGAGAGCCAUGUUCAAGAGGAGUUCAGCAGUCAGCUUGACUUGUCCUUAAGACUAUAA